ACAUUUGGCUGCAACGCAAGACGCAACAAGCGUAAUUCCACCCGCAAAGAGUAUUUUGUGUUUGUUUGAUUAUAUUCGUAAUUCCGUGUUUGUUCUUUGUUUACGUAAACGUACAUUGCGUAUCAUUAACGCAGAUAUAAGAUUCUAAAAUUAAAAUAGCUUCGAAAUGACCUCGAUCAUUGACGAUGUGGAAUUGAUAGAAGAAGUGAAAAAACGACCAUUACUUUUCAACAACAGAUACCGAAAUUGCGAUGAAGCAAAAGAAGAAGCAUGGGCCGAGAUCGCAAAAAAAUUCAACGCAAGACCUAAAGACGCUCGAGGUCGUUGGCGAAGUCUUCGCGAUAAAUUCGUGAGAGAGAAGAAAAUAAUCCUGAGCUCAGAGACCUCUGCAACAAAAGAUGAAACAGAGAAACAAAUUCAAACUGAAUGGCCUUUAAUGGAAAACAUGUCCUUCAUAUGGCAACAUAUUGUGCACAGAAGAAAAAGAAGGAGUAGAGCAGCAAAAGACAAUCUGAAAAAUGAAUCCUUGGAUUUACAGGAAGAUUUAGACGAUAAUACAGGAUGGUUCGUAGCUCUUGAAUGCGACAGCAGAACUGGACAGACUCAUAUGGUAAAACAAAAAGAGACCGAGGGUGCAUCACCGCCGAAGAAAAAGUCUAAGCAAAUAAUUAAGUAUGAGGAAACGCCAGUCGAGGAGAUAACUGAUUUUGUCCCGGUAUCGGAAGGCGAAGAGAAUUUCGACCAGAGAGUGGACCAUACUGAGUCUUUCAUAGCAGACGACAAUCAUUAUUUCUGCAUGUCAAUAGCAGAAACAUUGAGGAGGUUCCCAUCUCGACAGAGAGCAGAGGCCAAAUUGAAAAUCCAACAGUUACUGUUUAACGUGGAAUUUAGUUACAAUAACACUACUAAGAAUGACUCAUUUGAGGAAAUUUAAAAUUCAAAAAC